UGUUUAAAAAUAUCUCCAAUUGUAGGUCAUAGCCACCCAAUAUAUAGCCAUAUUCUGCAUUCUCCGUGCAAAAAACCCUCUUUUUUCCCCUUAAAGCUCCUCCUCCUCGUUCUUCUCCUCUCUGUCUAAGGCGACUUAUAAGGCGAGUAGAAAGAACGCAGGAGUUUAUUCUAGGUGGCAAUGGCAGAGAACCAGCACCCAACUGUUUUUCAAAAGGCAGCUAAGCAGAUGCAUCUGAGCUCCAGUCUUUCCCAGGAUGUCCAUGCUCGCUAUGGGGGCAUUCAAAGGCCUGCUCUCUAUCAGAGACGUUUUGCAUACUCUAAUGCAGGACUACAGACGUGCCAAAACACACAGGAUCUCUCAUUGAUUUCCGCAAAUGCUUCACCAGUGUUUGUGCAAGCUCCCCAAGAGAAAGGAUUGGCAGCUUUUGCCACUGACUUCCUCAUGGGUGGUGUUUCUGCUGCUGUGUCGAAAACUGCUGCUGCCCCUAUUGAGCGUGUCAAGCUUUUGAUCCAAAACCAAGAUGAGAUGAUUAAGGCUGGUAGGCUCUCGGAACCAUACAAGGGAAUUGGAGAUUGUUUUGGGAGGACAGUUAAGGAUGAAGGAUUUAGUUCUUUGUGGAGAGGAAACACUGCUAAUGUCAUUCGUUACUUCCCCACUCAGGCCUUGAACUUUGCGUUUAAGGACUACUUCAAGAGACUCUUCAACUUCAAGAAGGACCGUGAUGGUUACUGGAAGUGGUUUGCAGGAAACCUUGCAUCUGGUGGUGGAGCUGGUGCUUCCUCUUUGCUCUUUGUUUACUCCCUUGACUAUGCUCGUACUCGUCUUGCCAAUGAUGCCAAGGCUGCAAAAAAGGGAGGAGGUGGUGAUGGUGCCAGGCAGUUCAAUGGAUUGAUUGAUGUCUACAAAAAGACUCUUAAGUCUGAUGGAAUUGCUGGGUUGUACCGUGGGUUCAACAUUUCAUGUGUUGGUAUCAUCGUGUACCGUGGUUUGUACUUCGGAAUGUACGACUCCUUGAAGCCAGUGCUGUUGACUGGAAAGUUGGAGGAUAGUUUCUUUGCUAGCUUUGCUCUUGGGUGGCUUAUCACCAAUGGUGCUGGUCUUGCUUCCUACCCUAUUGACACAGUUAGAAGAAGAAUGAUGAUGACAUCUGGUGAGGCAGUGAAGUACAAGAGCUCGUUCGAUGCAUUCUCCCAAAUCCUUAAGAAUGAGGGUGCCAAAUCUCUGUUCAAGGGUGCUGGUGCUAACGUCCUCCGUGCCGUUGCUGGUGCUGGUGUGUUGGCAGGUUAUGACAAGCUUCAGGUCAUCGUCUUUGGAAAGAAAUACGGCUCCGGUGGUGCCUAAAUCAGACCUUAACAACGUCCGUUUUAGAAAUAGAUUAUGAUGAAAAUCCUUUUUGAAGUUCAAUUCGAAGAUACAUUUGGGGUGGAUGUUUUAUGUUUUCCCUGCCCCUUUUGAAUAAUUUAAAAAUUUUGAGCGGGGUAGAACUUUGAACCUGCAAUUUUAUCAUUCCCUUGUUUUAAGGGUAUUUUGUCAUGCAGACCUUUAUCACAGCAGAGGUUACAGAUUCUCAUAAUCAAUUUUUGAUUGAAUUAAAUUCAGAUCGGUUUUAUCUGAUCUGGUUAAACA